AUGGACACAACGUCGCCGCCUCCAAAGCCAUCAAGGCUACCAGCGGCCUCACGGCUGGGCCGUCGCAUCAAGGAGUUUGAUCUUCUGGGAAUGUUGCAGCCCCCGAAGCUGAUGCCCGAGUUUCUCGUCAGCGAUGUAGUUGGGUUUCUCCUCCACGUCGUUCUCGCGACAGACUGGUCCUCCUUCUGGAAGACGAAGUUAUUCGAUGCCGUCCCAGUAUCAAAGACGAUAUCGAACACUCUGACCGACUUCUGGAGUUCCUUUUGGGACGAACGGUGGCAUACGGAAGACUUCACGGAAGAAAGGACGAGGAAGUGGCAUCCCCAUCUCUACAGAAGGACCCCGCCUCGUCUGCGCACGUAUCGUGAGAUACUCAACCGCCAACAAGCGCUGAGAAACUGCUGCGGCGAUCAACUCGACGGACUGGAAACGCGGGAGGUGAUGAGGAACAUGGUACUGCAGUUCGCGAUGGCCUUAUGUUGGAUGUCGGCGCUCAUCAAGGAUCACAUCGCGGUGAUAUGGCUGUUGGCCGAGAUCGAAAACAAGACCCUGGGAUACAGACAAAAGAUCGAGAACUCUGUGCCGCCGGUUGUGCGGAAGGGAGAGGGAGUGAUGCCUGUGGUCAGGGGUGGUCAGCAGCAGUGUUGUUUGAGGCGGAUCCAGCAACGAAUCGACCGCGGCCAAUAUCUCAUCAACAGAUUCAUGGAUUUGGAGUUAUGCCAGGUCGAAAAGGACCAUUGCGUUUGGGAUGAGACCGAAUGGCUAGUGGAGAAAGACGGGGACAUACCUGCAGACAUGCCGGACGAAGACCGCUUUCUCGUUAACCGCGUCAUCUUCUCGGCGGGCUUGUCAUGGUUUAUGGUGUCUAUCAGCUGCGAUUUCGCGACGUUUUACCUCUCCAUCCUGGCGAAGCGUCUGUUGAAGUCUUUGCUUGGAUGA